AUGGUCAACAUUCAUGGCUAUCCCGUCGACGAGCUAUUGGUCGAUGUGGAUCCGGCUUUCUGUGAGAAUGAUAGUGCCUAUGGUGGCGAUGAUUGGCAAUCCAUUCCCUCCGAUGAACAACAAUUUGAGACCUACGAAGCAGGGCAUCUUGUGGACCUCGUCUUAGACUCAGACCAAGACAACCCGCUUUUCCGGGCGCCGAUUGGGCACGACCGAGAGGAAACUUUGCACAUUUUGGACAUCGGGACCGGAAUGGGUACCUGGGCUAUUGAUGUCGCCGAUAUGCUUCCGAACAGUAUUGUUCGCGGAGUUGAUCUUUAUCCACCACCUGUUGGCUUGAUGCCGCCGAAUUGCACUAUCGAGGUCGAUGAUGUACUGCAAGAGUGGACAUGGCGCGAACCGUUCGAUCUGAUUCGAAUGCGUAACAUGAUCGGAUCUUUUGAUCAAAACGAAUGGGCCCGUGUUUACCAACAAUGCUACAACCAAUUGCGACCAGGCGGGUGGAUUGAGCAGUUAGAAUGUGGUCCUUUCAUUGAAAGCGACGACGGCAGCCUACCUCCUGACAGCGCCUUGGCUAACUGGGGCCCGUACAUGGAAGAUUGUGGCGCACGUGCUGGCCGCCCCUGUGAUCUGAUCCAUACCAUGUCCUCAAGUAUUCGGGACGUGGGCUUCGUGGAUAUGCACGAGCAGGUGUACAAAUGGCCUAUUGGCCCAUGGCCCAAACACCAAAAGUACAAAGAGGCGGGUAGACUCAACUACGAACACUGGAUGUCAGGCAUGGAGGGUUGGUGCAUGUGGUUGCUCACGAAAUUCGGUGCUCCUAAGCCAUGGUCUAAAGAAGAAGUCUACGUAUAUUGCGCUAAACUGCGGAGUGAGAUUAAAAACCCCAACUACCACGUAUAUCAUACGGCGUAA